UCUGGUAGGGUUGAAGUAAACAUAAACAAGGAUGGCGGGCGCGGCGGAGAGCAGCGACGCCUCUCGGCAGGACGACCCUCGGCCCGCCUGUAAAUACGGGGCAAAGUGCUACCAGAAGAACCCUCAGCACCACAAGAGAUUCAAGCACCCGGCCAAGAAGAAGAGGGAGAACCCCGCUGAAGAUGUGGAGAAUGGGACAAAGAGAGUCAGAGUGGAUGACACAGUCCUACUAGCUCCUCCCCGUCUCCGCCGGUCUAGUUUUGAUGAGGAUGGCCUUGCAGACUAUGGCAGCCCUUAUGAACGGACUAAAAUUUUCCUAAAGACUGCCUCACCCACAGACUCAGAAGGUGAAAAGGAGGAUGAAGACGAGUCCAAAAAGGAAGAAGAUUUAGCAUUGGCUCCCCAUGACUAUAUUGUACAAAACUCCCCAGAGAAUGUGCGAUUUAGCAUUGAGCAAAAGUUCUUGGUGGAGAUGCCAAAGGAAUUCUUUGACUUCUGGGAAUGCUGUUCAUGCAUCAACAACGAAAACCCUGAAGAGGCACUGCAGCAGGCUGGCUUGACACUUGUUGGACCAUAUGAUAUUCUCACAGGAAAACUGAAGGAGCUAAAUGAUAAGAGAGUGUCUAACUACAUCUGUCACUGGCGGUACUACUAUGAUCCACCAGAGUUCAUGACUGUGAUUGCCGGAGACGAGAAUGAAUACCACAUUGGCUAUUACCGUGAUGACCCUUACACCAUGCCUGAUUUUGUGGCCUCAAUGUCCUCAGUUAAAAUAGGUCACAUCAAGGCCCUGGGAGGGAAUAUAUUUGCAGGAGUUUGUUCUUACCUGUCUGAAAAGAUGAAGACAGAAGAUCCCUUUAAGAAGACUCCCCUGAUGAGACUCUAUAAGGAGGUGGAAGCAUAUGCCAAAGAUAAGGGUUACUCCUUGCUGGCGGUCACUCCCGACAUGAAGGAGCGGAACAAAGCUGUGGUGGCCAAGACCUUCCACGGGGCCGGCAUUGUGGUGCCUGUGCAGAAUGAUGUGGGCUACAGAGAGCUUCCAGAAACUUAUGCAAACCUGAGAAAGAUUAUGAAAAAAGUGGCAGAGUCUAAAACUGAAGAGGAAGAGAUGAAAAAUUUUGAGCCCCUUCAAGAGAUAAUAACCAAUGUCCAGUUUGGCUACGAUGAAGGAGACUACGGAAUGGGACUUGAGCUUGGAAUCAACCUCUUUAUUUAUGGUGGGGAAGUGUUCCAUAAGGUCAUUCUCCACUUGCUGUGUGUUGGCUAUGACCUGCUGGCCAGGGAAUCCUACAUCACCAUCCUGCAGGCACACCUCAGGAACAGGCGGCGGGGCAGCAAGCUGAGCAUCCUGGACACUAGCACCUAAGCCAGGGGUGUCAAACUCAUGGCCCGCGGGCCAAAUGUGGCUU